AUGGCAAAUGCACAAACACUAAGGGAGUUGGCUGCGCCUAAUUUAAAUCAGCAACCUUUGUGCAUUACUUUUCCAAGUUUAAAUGAUAACACAUCUUUUGAGUUGAAAUUUGGCCUAAUUCACCUCUUACCAUCUUUUCAUGGUUUACCAGGUGAGGAGCCCUAUAAGCACUUGCAGGAGUUCGAUGUCGUAUGCAAUAGUAUGAAACCCCCGGGAAUCACCGAGGAGCAGAUAAAAAUGAGGGCCUUCCCCUUCUCUUUGAAGGACUCUUUGAAUGACUGGCUGUACUACCUACCACCGGGUAGUAUCACCACAUGGGACCAACUAAAGAAAAAAUUCCUGGACAAGUACUUUCCAGCGUCCCGAGAUACAAGCCUGAGGAAGGAGAUAUGCGGCAUCAGACAACACCCAGGCGAGUCCCUCUAUAAAUACUGGGAGAGGUUUAAGAAACUAUGUAUCAAAUGCCCUCAGCAUCAGAUAAGUGAGCAACUGCUCAUUCAAUAUUUCUACGAGGGGCUACUUUUUAGAGACAGGAGUAUAAUCGAUACUGCAAGUGGAGGGGCGUUAGUGAACAAGACUCCUCGGGCAGCAUGGGAAUUGAUAGAGGGGAUGGCUGAAAAUUCGCAGCAGUUUGGCACUAGGGAGGAUGUCCCAACACAUAAGGUGAAUGAGGUGGAAACAUCCUCCAUCCAACAACAAAUUUCUGAAUUGACAUCCUUCGUGCGGCAGCUAGCUGUGGGUAGUGCCUUACAAGCCAAAGUGUGUGGGGUAUGUGCUGCUUUGGGUUAUUCUACAGAGAUGUGUCCACUAGUUCAAGAAGAAAAUGCAGAGCAGGUGAACAUGGCUGGCCACGCGCCUGCGCCAAGAAGGCAGUACGACCCGUACUCAAGUACCUACAAUCUUGGUUGGAGGGACCACCCCAACCUGAGUUAUGGGGGGAACAAGCCGUCUAAUUUCAUGCCAAAUAGACAAUAA